AUGCCCAUGGAUUGGUACGCCAUCCUAGAGGUGGAACCUACGGCAAAUGCCACCGAGAUACGAACCGCUUAUCGCAAACAGGCGCUCCGGUCGCAUCCUGAUCGUGCCGCUGCACACGAGAAAGAGGACGCCACAUCGCGGUUCAAGAUGAUCGCGGAGGCGUACGAGGUGCUGGGCGACGAUCGACGACGCUGGGAGUAUGAUCGGUUUGAGUACCCCCUACUGAAUGGAGAAAUGGGCUACGACGCAUUCGAUAACCACGCAUCGACUUCGCCGACUGGCCAUACGUUUGUGUGGGAGAGCAGCUUUGAUUCUGCACGCCGCGCAAACCAAGGCAGGCCUGGGCCAGAAGGAUUUGGUCGUGGUGCGUUUGUCGAUCCCUUUGAGCUCUUUAGCUGGAUGUUUGCGCGGGACUUUCACGAAAUGGAGACGAGGGACACAUCUCUCGCCGCCUCGUCCAAUAGCCCUGCAUUCACCGACGAUCCGUUUGGCGCGAACGGUCCGUUUGGGAUGGGUAUGCCGAUGGGUGCGGCGCCCAGCACCAAAGCCGACCCGUUUGACCACUUUGGCCGCGCUCCCGGUUUUGGAUUUAAUGCGAACCCCUUUAAUGUUUUGUCUGGAUUCCCUCCUACACACACGACAGGAGGCAUGGGCAACGCGCAGUCCAUGUUUUCCUCAUCUUCUAAUAUGUCCAGCUUUGGUGGCACGAGCGAGUCGCGCCAGACGACCGUGGUCAACGGCCGCCGCGAGACUGUGAUCACGAAACGCGAUGCACAGGGCAACGAAACGGUGCGGCGCAUUUCGCCUUCUGGCGAGACGGUGUUGAUAAACGGCGAGCUGCAGCCGACGCUCGGGGCAGCGCCGAAACCUGCGGAACUGACGGACCAGUCUGGCCAGGCUUCUGCGCCCCCCGUAGAAGCGCCGCGCGAGCAGCCGCAGGCACAGAAACGUAAAAAGUGGAAGCUUUUUUAG